CACAUGGUUGCGAUGCGAAUAAAUUCACCCGCUCGGUAACAUUUCACAGGACCAGACCAAAUAAUCCGGCGGUCGGGUCACUUAUUGUCGAACAGUUCAUCGAUCCUCGUGAAGCUCAACGACACAAGCUCUAUUUCUACAUCAGGACUAAAGUGUAAAAAAGUUAAUUAAGAUAUCUCGUCAUCAAUACCCUGGACAUUGGACGCAUAACUGUCCUAGUCACCAUCCAGUGCCUCAAGGUUAGUGCGUUGUCAUUGGUGUGCAUGUUCUCUGCUUUAAAAUGUCCAUUCUAGAUGACAUUGUUAUCGAACUAUAGCCUUCCCAAUCUCCCGAGUUUGGGGAAAUCCAGGGAUUUUCCUCAAAGUCGUGUGAAAGUUCGUAUAUUUCCCAAAAUCUGGGAAAUUUUGGGUUUCUUAAUGCAGUUCACCAAAACGUUCUGUUGUGACUUCCCUGAAACUGACAGAAUUUUGCAUAGAAUCGGUAGAUUGAGUCAAUUUAUCAACACUUGCAGUAUUAGAUACAUCGUCAGCAGUUACAUGGAAUAAAAUAGUACGUUAGACAUGUGGCUUUGUGAUAUUUGAUGCCACAUGUCGGUCACACGAACUGUUACGCUUAUCAUGAUGUUGCAAUGUUUUUCGUCAAGGCGAUUAGAGUACUGCAAACCACAAUACUUGUGUAAACCUGUACGAGACAAAUUGAUUUAUGUUAAAUUUUACUAACUAUAGUAUACAAGGUGGUUAUUAUCGCAGUGGAAACUUUAUGUAUGGUACUUCCUAAGAGAUAUUAUCGCUUUUAGAGUGAGUUAUCUCCUGAAGAAGCUAUGUUAAGUAGUUGUCACUACACUUACAUACUUUAUUUCCGUUUAACUCUUUGAAACACAUUUCCCCUGUUAGUGCUUCCGAUUGCCUUUCCAAGAGUCUACUCCCAACUUAGAGACUUAUGGGUUUGGAUUACGUUAACUUUCUGUUGCUGUUAGGUGGUAGGUUUUUCUGAAUAAGUCCAAGUGUGAACCAUAAUGGAAAAUAUGUUUUUAUGACUUUCUUAAGUCUCUUUAUUUUGAAAACAUUAAUUUAAUUAAGUGUGAUCGUUCCAUUUUUAUGCAACUAAAUGUAUUGAAUGUUCACGUAUCAGAAGAUAUAUCCAAUUUUUGACAUUGCCACUCAGAACUCCAUAUAAUUUAAAGAAAAUAUUUAUCUCUACUGAAGAUCAGGGAUAUUGAGUGACAGUCUGCCCCAACCUCACAGAUAUUAGACCAUUGAAACUGGGAAACAAAGAUUUUAUAUACUCGAUCACAAGUACUCUCGAUGUGAUUGGUUGGCACUUACAUAGAACCUGACACGAAUAUAUGUCGGCCAAACUUGCUGUAUUACAUAUCAGCAUAGUGUGAAAUGAAAUUGACGGAAUGAGAAUUAGAUCAAUUUCAACUACAGCAGAAAUUUAAUCAUUGUAGAGACUUCGAAAUAAAGGAGAAUUAAGAGGUAGUAGUAACACAAUUCAUGAUUGAAAAAAAAAACGGUAUAAGUGUAACUUCAUUACUGUGAACAUGGCGUAUUAAAUUAAUGUAAUUUGUUUAUCAACUAUACGUCUAUGUAUUUUCCUUUGAGUCAUAGAUCUUAUCUGAACAUCGCUGAAACUACUGUAAUUAAAGUAAAUAGUUCAAACCGGCAACAUAAUGACAGAAUGUCAAGUAUCCGUGCUGUAUGCAAAUUACUAUGUCAAGAAAUUACGCCACAUAAAGCUUUUAACUGAACAUGUUUUGCACUUGCCGAUGUAUUGUUAAAUUUGUAGGUAGGUGGAAUUUAUAAAAUGUCUAUACUUAAACAGAUUAAGAAUUUGUAUUAGUGUAGAAAGUCACCUGAUGAACUUCUGCUAUAAAAUGACAUGCUUUCCUAAAGAUGUUUUAAACUAGGUGACGUGGUUCAAUAUAUAUACAAGUGAAGCAAAUAACUCCUUGUUCUGAGGAUUUUUAUUACUUCCUUGGAUUUAUUUCCAUUUUUUGGUAGUCGUAAACCUUGUUUCUAUUCCCAAAUAACCUGUACGUAUGCACUGUUUAAAAAAAUCAGUACAACCCCAAAUAUUUCGAAUAUUUCCAUCUUCCGUUUAAGCUCCAUUAGAUAUAAUCUACCUUUAUAAUUUCUCGAUUCACCAGUGAAGAUAACGUUUUUUAAUUUAAACUACACCUACAUCUUAUGGGUUGUUAACUUCAGAUAAAUGUCUAGACAUUAGAUAAUUAAUUACACAAAUGAACUAAAUCCUCGGCUAUUUUAUUAGCCCUAUAAAUUUGCACUAACAAGCUAAUCCGUGUUUUUUUUCAAUCAUGAAGUAUUAUCAGUCCUCUCAUGGCUCGGAACCUUCAAGGUCUUCUUCGCCUUGCCGUUGAACAUUCUGAAAAUGCCGCCACAAAACCCAUGGACCCAAAGGAUGCCGAAUGGUUGGAUAAAGCACUAAGUGCAUCAACUGUCGACUUGAGUAAACAGCUGACUAACGAUGUCCAAACGUUAUCAUCCCAUUUGUCAUCGUCGGAGCCCGAUUUAAAUGAAACGAAGAAUGUCAUUGAAGAUUUGUUAACACUGACUGAAGAUUUGGACUUGUCGAACGACUUUUUGAUUGUUGGAGGUCAAGAUGUACUACUCAAACUAUUAUUUUGCGGCCCACCUUCCUUAAGAAUAGAUGGAUUGAAAUUAUUAGCAAAUAUCACUCAAAACAAUCCUCGAGCUCAAAGUUUGUACACUGAAAACGGCGUCCUGGCUCGACUAAUUAUGCUAUUUGAAGAAGAGACAGAUCUAGAAUUUCUGAGACAUCUGUUACUAGCCAUAUCCUGUACCAUACGAGGUUAUGUGCCAGGAAUUAAUGUAUUUGUGGAAUCAAAGGGUGUUGAUCUUGUCCUCAGUGUACUUAUCAGAGAAGUGAAAAUAGGAAAAUCAGAUAAAGCACAUCGCUUAGUUUCCAAAGGUGCGUUCCUAGUCUACUGUGUUCUGCAGGAACUUGCUUCAAAACAUAUACCAUCUGAAUCUUCGUCCAUCGUACACAAAGUGAUAGAUCUAUUAUAUCUCCUAGACGAUCCACAGGAGCACCUACUGGCUGCUUUAUCAUUUCUCCUCCGUCCAUUAGGUAGUCACUCAAGUUAUACUACAAAUAUACAGUCCGAAGAAUCGUGCAAAUCAUUUCCUAAUUGGCUACAACGGCACUUAGACGAGCUUCGCAAAAUGAAUGACCCAGCUGAUGAAGAACGUCGCGACUAUAUAGAUUGUUUGCUAAAGGUUUUAUCUUGAACAAAACUUGUUUCUACAUCGUUAGGAUUUCUAACAAUGUAACUGUGGCAGGAUUAUAAAUUUUUUUGUUAAAUACUUACAACCUUUAUUGAUGGUACAAAUAGUCUGGUUGGUUUCGCGUCAUUUGUUGAAGAGUCAUCCGAAACGAGUAUGAGCAGUGUCACCUGCCCACUACUUGACUGCUGAAUUGCUAGGCCAUUUAGGAUCUAUAUACAAUGCAGGAAGAAACUGCUAUAAAAUAUUUUUCGCAUCACUCUCGCUACCAAAUUGAAUUUAAGAUCUAUAGCCUCGAUAUAACAACAGAUUGUUAGUUAAUGGCUGCUAACCCUGGAACAUUGUUAAUGUACGUCCAUAAACAAAAGUUUCUGGUUGACUUUGAUUUAAUAAAGCAACAUAUACACGUUAC